UUAAAAUAACUUCGAAACCCCCAAUCCCAUUCUUUGGCUCGACAUGAACAGAGGAGGACUCUUAGCAAAUCUACCUUCAGAAAUCAUCAUCGAUAUUAUAUCAAGACUUCCUGUUCGAAGCAUUAUACGCUGCAAACGUGUGUGCAAGUCAUGGCUCAACCUGCUGAAUACUCCAGAGUUUAUCGAGUCCCAUCAUUCUAAAUCAACUCCAGGGCUAGCCGUCCUUCAAUACCAACUGCCCGAGAUUUUUCUCAUGCUAUUUGAAGUUGAAGAUGAGAUAGAACCUGAACAUCAUGAGCUUCAUUAUAUACCUAUCACUGAAUUUGACGUCCAGGCUUUCAUGAGGCUCUUCCACAGUAUAGUGAUACAGGGCUCGGCCAAAGGAUUGCUUCUCUUGCGUGAAAUCAGCCAAGAACCUGAUUCUCUUUACAUAUGCAAUCCGAUCACCCGUGAGUAUACAAAAAUUUCAAGCCUGGAAACCAAAAAAAGAUACUAUCCUACUGUAGUUACAUAUGGUUUUGGAGUAAGUUCACUAACAGGCCAAUAUAAGGUGAUUAGGAUUUCCCAUGAUCGUGUCCUUGAUCCUGACACGCAAGAAUUGCUUAGCAUUCCAAGAAAUGAGUGUCACAUAUAUGCUCUUCAGACAGGAUCCUGGAGAAGCAUUCGAUCAGGAGAACCAAUGGAAUACAAUUGUCGAUCCAAUGGGGUGCUGCUGAACGGUAGUCUCCACUGGUUUGUGAAAGAUUUGAAAGGCUCUUUUUUAAUUUCCUGUCUGGAUCUCGAACGAGAAGUCUUUACCACAUUUUCCUCGCCAUUUCAUCUUCCUGAAAGUCAGAAAUCUCUAGUGGAAUUGGCAGCUCUGGAGGGCUCCCUGUGCCUGUGUGAUAAUUCAUCAGAAAAUGAAAUUGUUAUUUGGAUCAUGAAGGAGUAUGGAGUGGAGAAAUCAUGGAGCAAAGAAUUUGUGAUUAGCAAGUUCCCUAAUCACGUUGGUGAAACUUAUGAAACUGUUCAUCCCAUCAAGAUUUUCAAGGACGGCGACAUCCUGAUGUGUUGGGGGGACUUAUACCUGUUCUACUACUGCCACAAAACUAAAGCUAUUCAACCAACAUCCAUGACAGGCCACAGUUUAGAAGCAAUCUUCCACUCCCCGACCUUUCUUUCACUCAAGAAUCUUAACGAGAAUGUGAUUGUGAGCACAUUCUGAUAUGCAUUUUAUAGUAUCAAAUUAUCAUCAAUCAGUGUUUCCCAGUAUUGUUUACCCUGCCAUGUAAGAGUUCUUUCAAUGAAUAUUCCAACAUUUUUUAUACCGAAAUGCAUUAUAACCAAUGGUCAGAUACUGAAAAGCUCCCUCAACAAGAAUUAGGCUAGGGGAUCUCAUCAAACAUUUUAUGCAAUCUUCAAAGCCCUAA